CUUCAGUUUCUGAGGACUUUGGAAUCAUCUAACUUCUAUCGCUAUCUGCUCUUAUCUAAACGAAUGGAAAGUCUUAACAAUAAUAACCGGCUCUCUCGAUAAUACCAAGUUUUGUAGAAUGCCUGGGGUACUACGCAAUCGGUCUGAUAACGCUCACGAGAUUUAUUGCUUUUAAGUUUUCAGUUCGUUUCAGAUCAGUAUUCUGUCUGGAUUAUAAAGUGUCGUGCGUCUUCGCGAUCUGGACACGGAGUCCUCGAUAUUACAACGAUCAUAAACGUUCACAACGUUCGUUAAGCUGUAUAUUAAUAGCAUGACCUAAAUUCGCGAGUAAUUUCGUAAUUUCGUAAAUUAAUUGUGCUCGACCGAAAGCGUAAACAGGAACGUGUUAAUCUUUGCUUUUAAUAAAGCCGUGAACGAUUAUCGAUGGCAUCUGGUACAGUGUUCGCCGCCUUAUCGGUCUUGAAAGACCAUGUCAAAUUCAAAGUCAAUCAGAAUUCGGUAGCCAUUGACAAUAUCGUUUUCAGAUUACAUUACAGAGCUACAUUUUUAAUACUUCUCGUUGCAUCAAUUCUGGUCACUUCUCGACAAUUUAUCGGGGAACACAUAAGGUGUAUUGCCGACACUGGUGUAUCAUCUCAUGUCAUCGAAACCUUUUGCUUUUUUAUGUCCACAUACACCGUGGUAAAGCAUCUGAAUGCUACCGCGGUACUGGACGGCGAUUUACCGCAUCUUGGGGUCGGGCCAGUUUCCAAAGACGACGCCAUCAUACACCACGCUUAUUACCAAUGGGUGCCCUUCGUUUUGUUCUUCCAAGCGCUCCUCUUUUACUUGCCGCACUACAUAUGGCGGAAAAUGGAAGGUGGUCGAUUAGCCAUGCUGGUAUCGGGAUUGCACAUGGCAUCUUUGUCACUAAGCGAAACGGAGCUCAAGGUAAAUGACGAUAUGAAGGUGCCGUCGAAAAAGGAGCGCGACGAGAGAAUACAACAGAUUCGCACCGGUUUUAUAAAUCGCUUGCACUUGAAUCGUCCGUGGGCAUACACCUUGACUUUCUGCGAGUGCCUGAAUUUCGUGAACGUCAUCAUGCAAAUUUACUUGACCGACUGGUUUCUCGGAGGUGCCUUCCUGGGUCUCGGCCGGUUACUCUCCGAGCCAGCGUCUCGAGAUAAAAUAAACCCACUCGACGUAGUAUUUCCGAAGGUAACCAAAUGCAUUUUUCACAAAUACGGCCCUUCUGGUAGCAUACAAAAGCACGAUGCGCUUUGUGUGAUGGCACUGAAUAUCAUUAACGAAAAGAUCUAUACGGCCCUUUGGUUCUGGUUCGUCGUGCUCGCAGUGAUAACCGGUUUGGGAUUGGUUUGGAGAUUACUGACCAUGAUCCUUCAUUCAAGAAGUACAGCAUUCAACAGAUUUGUGUUUUCCAUGGCCUGCCCUGGAAAGUACAAUCCAUGGAACGUACUCAAGGUUACUCACGAAUACUACUUCGGUGACUGGCUGUUUCUUUAUUACAUCGCUAAGAAUCUGGACAAUUACGUAUUCAAGGAGCUCCUUCAAAGCUUGGCAGAGGAUCUGGAGAACAGGCGUCAAGCACGUUACAAAAUACCGCUGGACGUAGAGCGAGAAUUACUUAACAAACAGUGGGAAAAACCUCCCAUCAGUCCCUGAAUAAGUAAAUAUAAAUCUAAAGUAGCUAGUCAUUUGUAAAUAGAUGACUUUUAUAAUUGGAGACGUAGAUAAAUCAAUCAAUAGGUUUCUUGUUCAAUUCAUACUGAGAAGAAGAAUUCAAAAAGUGUAAAUAUAAUAUUUAAAGAUUUGGCUAGAUACCGACUUGAAAAUAUUUUAUAUAUUAAUUAUUAUAUUAAUUAAUAUUAUAUUUAUUAUAUUAAUUCCGUCGAGCCAUCAAAAUAAUUAUGUAAAAUGUUCAAAUUAAUCGCAAAAAUAUCCAAAAUUUUUGCAAUAUUAUUACCAUACUCGAGCGUUUUACAUAAUUAUUUUGAUAGCCCAAUAAAAUUGUCUUCAGCUUUGUAUCUGGCAAAAUUUUUAACUACUUGAACAAAAUCCGUCCGUUUUCAUUGAACGCAAUUUUGUAGCGACACGAUGAUCGUUUCGUAAAGUUUGUGCCAUUACUGAGAUCGCUAUCUCGCGUGCAAAAAUGCUCGCGGAGUACAUUAAGCGGACGGCAAAAAGCUAUAUUUAUAUGUCUACGUGAACAAACAGUCGCGUGCAUUCGCACGCGCAUUAUGACACACUGCCAAAUUGGCUCUUUAUCAUAUAAAUGUAUAAUAUUUUAGCCGCGAUUAGUAGAAUAAUGUCUCUCGCGUGCGUCGCGGGAUCGCAGAUAUUUGUAGCUGCGCGCGCCACGCGUAUGACGUAAUCUCGUCCAGCCGAGUCUUUUAACUACCUCGUACGGAAGACUCGCGUGUAUGUUACAUGCGAUCGUAUGUCGAGCACAUGCGCGUGCGAGCGAUAUACGUGUAAAUACAUCCGUACGUUGCACCGUACGUUGUGUCUCGAUAAACGGCCCGACAAUAGUUUCGGAUCGUUAAGUCGUUAAAGGCCUCUGGAUUGGAAUUGUGCGCUGUGGCCUACUAUCGAACAAUCACGCGUUCGAUAGUAUUCAGGUUUUACGAUACGGCUCACCAAAGUCAUUUGCGAAAGAGCCAUUACUGUCCUCCGUAUCUUUUAUCGGUCAAUUGACAAUAUAUCGACUCGAUAAAAGAUCAAAGUACUUAUUUCAUAUUCCAUGGAAGAUAUAUCUUCGAUACGCCUUCAUGAUGAUAAAUCGACACGCGAGGAAUCAUUUUUCCCUAAAUCAUUCGUAAUUUUAUUCUUAAAUGUACAUAAAAGGUGUAUAUGUUUCCUUAAAGAUAAUUUUCUUUUUAAGAUAUUGCAUAUUUAAAAAAAAAUUUAAUUAUAGAUUAAAUACUCUGUUGUAAAUGUAUUGUAUAAUUAAAUCACAGCGCUGGUAUAAUAUAUAGAUUUAUUAAUAAAGUAAUUAGUAUAUUAUAAACCGAGAAUAUGUUUAAACAGAGAAAUAAAACAGGCAUUACUGAAUAAAA